UUCUCUAGCUUGGCCACCAGGAGUUUCUCCCCGUCGUGCAGCGGCUUCCGGUGGCCGUAGGUUGGAAGCGGUUGUAGGGUCUUCACUUUUUGGGAUUUCUCAGGUUUCGGGAAUCACCGCCGCUGCCGCCACCAUGUCGGUCCCCAGCGCCCUCAUGAAGCAGCCGCCCAUCCAGUCGACGGCCGGGGCCGUCCCGGUUCGCAAUGAGAAAGGUGAGAUUUCGAUGGAAAAAGUGAAGGUCAAACGUUACGUGUCCGGGAAGAGGCCCGACUAUGCCCCUAUGGAAUCCUCCGAUGAGGAGGAUGAAGAAUUUCAGUUCAUUAAGAAAGCCAAAGAACAAGAAGCAGAGCCUGAAGAACAGGAAGAGGAUUCAUCGAGUGACCCUCGGCUGCGGCGUUUACAGAACCGUAUUAGUGAGGAUGUGGAGGAGAGAUUGGCUCGGCAUCGGAAAAUAGUGGAACCUGAAGUGGUAGGAGAAAGUGACUCAGAAAUAGAAGGAGAUGCUUGGCGCAUGGAAAGAGAAGACAGUAGUGAAGAAGAGGAGGAGGAAAUCGAUGAUGAGGAAAUAGAGCGGCGUCGUGGCAUGAUGCGUCAGCGAGCACAGGAGAGGAAAAAUGAAGAGAUGGAAGUCAUGGAGGUGGAAGACGAGGGACGUUCCGGGGAGGAAUCAGAAUCGGAGUCUGAGUAUGAAGAGUACACAGACAGCGAAGAUGAGAUGGAGCCUCGGCUUAAGCCAGUCUUCAUCCGAAAGAAGGACCGAGUGACCGUUCAGGAGCGGGAGGCUGAAGCGCUGAGGCAGAAGGAGCUGGAGCAGGAAGCAAAGCGCAUGGCGGAGGAGAGACGCAAAUACACACUCAAGAUCGUAGAGGAAGAGACCAAAAAAGAACUUGAGGAGAACAAGCGGUCCCUGGCUGCACUGGAUGCACUCAACACUGAUGAUGAAAACGAUGAGGAGGAGUAUGAGGCGUGGAAAGUUCGGGAGCUGAAAAGAAUCAAGAGGGACAGAGAAGAUCGAGAAGCACUUGAGAAGGAGAAAGCAGAAAUUGAACGCAUGCGAAACCUGACUGAGGAAGAGAGGCGAGCUGAGCUCCGAGCAAAUGGCAAAGUCAUUACCAACAAAGCUGUGAAGGGCAAAUACAAGUUUUUACAGAAGUAUUAUCACCGCGGUGCCUUCUUCAUGGAUGAGGAUGAAGAAGUAUACAAGAGAGAUUUCAGUGCACCCACCCUGGAGGAUCAUUUCAACAAAACCAUCCUUCCUAAAGUCAUGCAGGUCAAGAACUUUGGGCGCUCUGGUCGUACCAAAUAUACUCACCUUGUGGAUCAAGAUACCACGUCCUUUGACUCUGCAUGGGGCCAAGAAAGUGCCCAGAACACCAAGUUCUUUAAACAGAAAGCAGCUGGGGUGCGAGAUGUAUUUGAGCGACCAUCUGCCAAGAAACGGAAAACUACCUAGAUUUCAACUGCUUAACUCUUUCAACUAUGGGACACAAGAAGUCUCACCAAUCUGGUCUUCAGUUUGUUCUUCCCAUUAUUUAUAUGGCUCCUGUAUCCAGGCUGUUGGACCUUCUGCCAUACUUGUGAUACCAGGUAGCCCAAGGCUUAAAGGUACUUUCUGAGGUCUGGAUUCAUGCUGAGAAUCUUUCAGAAAAGCACUAUCCAGAUAGUUGAGGCUUCCCACUUAAAACUGAGAAAUCUUGGGUUUCCUCAGUGCUGUGGUUUCCCAUAUUUACUUGGGACUGUUGUUUCUUCCAUCCCCUUCGCGUGGAUCAGAAACGUGAGCAUGGAAGUGGAGUGGACAGUACCUCACUUCUAAAGGUUAGGAGUAACAAACCAUGAAAUCUAAGCUCGUUGAAAUGUUUUGCAUAUUUAAUUGGAGUCAGUUUUCUAAGAGAAUCUAAUUUUUGUGAGUUUCAAAUAAAGCCACACACCCAAGAUUUUUAUCAUGUUGCUAACAUAAAAUGUACAGGCUG